AUUUAGUCAUUAUAACAUUUUCCAUAUGACGAGUGACUAUGUACUAACAUUAAGAAAUAUAUUAUAUUUUGGCCGUUAUUUUUGAGUGUGUUUAAAUCAUUUUAGUACAAGGACUUCAAAUAUUUCAAAGGUGAUUUUGCGUUUUGCUAACAUAAAGAAAUAAAUAAAAUCUAAGUCUAAAUUAUUCGAGAACAAGGAUUUCAUAUCUUUCAAAGUGAUUUGGUAACAUUUUCACUGAUAAAACUGGACAUUAUCAACGGAAAGUAAAAGGUAAAACUAACAUUUCUUUUGCUAGGCGUAUCUGUAACACGUAUUACAAUGGAGCAUACUGUCAUUAAAAGGGCAAUGUUAAUCAUUUUCCAUAUCAUUGGAAUCUAUUGUUCUGCUUCUCAACGUGUAAUAGAACGAAUAAGACACUUGGAAAAUAGAGUCAAUUCUGAAUCGCAAUUCCGAAAUGAAGAUUAUGACGAUAUUAUUGACAGAUUAGAUGAAAUAGAUAAAAGAUUGAACGCGUCUCUUGAACAAAAAGUUGGUCUUGUCAACGUGGCCCAAGAAACUGUUGAAGUUGACUUGGAAAGUGUUAGGCAUUUAAGGGAAGAUUUCACGCGACUUAGGACAGCGUUUAAGGAGGAAAAGUCUGAAACUGCGAGAAUCCGUAGAGAAAUUCCAAAGAUUGAAAACAAUUUGAUUUCCAUGAAACAAAGCAUGGGCCAAUAUUGCACAGGGAAUUUAAACAAGACGGAGCAACUGAUUUUGCGAGUUGAAAAAGCAGAUGAGUUUAUAAAAUCCGACAUUGCCCACAAGAUAAAUGAGAUUAUUGUGGAACAGAAAGCUUUGCGUAAUGAGAUUACCGAAGAAGAGAAAGCUUUGCGUAAUGAGAUUACUGAGGAACAGAGAGCUUUGCGUAAUGAGAUUACUGAGGCACAGAAUGCUUUGCGUAAUGAGAUUAAUUUCACCUCUUUUCUUGUAAGAGAAGAAUUUAGAAUUGUAGCAGCUGAAAUAGAAAAAAAUAUUCGAAGUAUUGUUGAACACUCAAUAACAUCGAAUAGUAAAACAAGAGAUGAAAUUGUCGAGCAAGUUAAAACAAACACAACAAAGACAGAAAAAAUCGAUAUGUUAGUAACUAACCUACCUGAUGGCAUAGGACAUGAAUAUGACUCUUGCUCCGACGUAAAAACCUCCGGAUUGUUACGAUCCGGCAUCUAUAAAUUAUUACAGGGACUCGAAGUUUACUGUGACCAAACCACAGACGGAGGGGGUUGGACUGUGUUUCAGAGAAGACAAAAUGGUAAGGUUGAUUUCUUUCGUAAUUGGAGAGAGUAUAAAAACGGCUUCGGCGAUGUGAAUGGUGAAUUUUGGCUAGGUAAUGAACAUUUGAGUAUACUUACAGCAACAGGAGACCAUGAACUAAGAAUAGAUAUGGAAGAUUUUGGAGGAAAUCGGGCCUUUGCAAAGUAUAGUAAGUUCAGGAUAUAUCCGGAAGAAGACAAGUACAAACUGGACGUGAGUGGAUACAGUGGAAAUGCUAGUGAUUCUCUUGAGUAUCAUAAUGGAAUGGCGUUCACAACGUUCGACAAUGACAAUGAUAAAGGGUCGUCAGAAAACUGUGCAAUAAGCUGGCAUGGUGCCUGGUGGUACAACAGGUGUCACCAUUCCAAUCUCAAUGGACAGUACUUCAAUGAACCUGGUAAAUUAGAUGCGAAAGGAAUCGUCUGGUGGGACUGGAAAAUUCAGCAUUACUGUUUGAAAAGUGUAGAAAUGAAAUUUCGUUAAACAAAUGAUAGAUGUUAAAUUCUAACAUUAUUGUUCAUUUAAACAAUCUUGAUGUUGAAAUUGGAAAGAUGUGUGUAUUUUACAUUAAAGCCAAAUGUAUAUAUUACGGAUUUGUGCAAGAUGGAGACGAUAACUGAAAAUACCUUAAUAACAUGAUUCACUUUUAGAGUUUCUGUUUAUUUUGGGAAACAUUGUACCAUGUAUGUUAGAAACUGUUCCCUCUGUAACUGGACUGUGAAAUGUAUAUAGGUUGGUUCAUGUGUACAAAUAUAUGUUAAACUGAAUCAUGUAAUAGACACUGAAAAUCUAACUAUAGACAGAGAAAAAAUGUAAAGAAAUAAUAAUUUGGUAAAAUCAAAGGAUGUUUAUGUUGGGAAUCAUUGUUCAUGUACCAUGUAUGUUAGAAAUUGCUUAUGUAAUUGGACUGUGAAAUGUAUUUAAUAUGUUUGUAUAGAUACG